AUGCAGAAGGGGAUGCGGCUCAAUGACGGGCACGUCGCCCACCUGGGGCUGCUGGCGAAGAAGGACGGGGCCCGGCGCGGAUACCUGAGCAAGCGGAGCGCCGACAACACGAAAUGGCACACCAAGUGGUUCGCGCUGCUCCAGAACAUGCUCUUCUACUUCGAGACCGACUCCAGCUCCCGGCCCUCGGGGCUCUACCUGCUCGAGGGCUGCGUCUGCGACCGCGCGCCCUCCCCCAAGCCCCCCCUCUCGGCUAAGGACUCUCUGGAGAAGCAGCACUACUUCACCGUUAACUUCAACCAUGAGAACCAGAAGACCCUGGAGCUGAGGACCGAGGAUGCCAAGGACUGCGACGAGUGGGUGGCAGCCAUAGCUCACGCCAGCUACAGGAACCUGGCGACGGAGCACGAGGCGCUGAUGCAGAAGUACCUCCAUCUCCUGCAGAUCGUGGAGACGGAGAAGACUGUUGCCAAGCAACUCCGGCAGCAGAUCGAGGACGGGGAGAUCGAGAUCGAGCGCCUCAAGGCCGAGAUCGCGUCCCUGCUCAAGGACCACGAGCGCAUCCAGGCCAGCCAGAGCAGCGCGCCCAGCGACGACGACAGUGACAUCAAGAAGAUCAAGAAGGUGCAGAGCUUCCUGCGGGGCUGGCUGUGCCGGAGGAAGUGGAAGACCAUCAUUCAGGACUACAUCAGGUCCCCCCACGCCGACAGCAUGCGCAAGAGGAACCAGGUGGUGUUCAGCAUGCUGGAGGCCGAGGCUGAGUACGUCCAGCAGCUCCACAUCCUGGUCAACAACUUCCUGCGGCCGCUGCGCAUGGCCGCCAGCUCCAAGAAGCCUCCCAUCACCCACGACGACGUCAGCAGCAUUUUCCUCAACAGUGAAACAAUCAUGUUUUUGCACCAAAUUUUCUACCAAGGCCUGAAGGCGCGGAUCUCCAGCUGGCCCACGCUGGUGCUGGCCGACCUGUUUGACAUCCUGCUGCCCAUGCUGAACAUCUACCAGGAGUUUGUGCGGAACCACCAGUACAGCCUGCAGAUCCUGGCGCACUGCAAGCAGAACCGCGACUUCGACAAGCUGCUCAAGCACUACGAGGCCAAGCCUGACUGCGAGGAGAGGACCCUGGAGACCUUCCUCACCUACCCCAUGUUCCAGAUCCCCAGGUACAUCCUGACCCUGCACGAGCUGCUGGCUCACACGCCCCACGAGCACGUGGAGAGGAACAGCCUGGAUUACGCCAAGUCCAAGCUGGAAGAGCUGUCCAGGAUAAUGCACGAUGAAGUGAGUGAGACUGAAAACAUUCGGAAAAACCUGGCAAUAGAGAGGAUGAUCAUCGAGGGCUGUGAGAUCCUGCUGGACACCAGCCAGACCUUUGUCAGGCAAGGCUCCCUGAUCCAGGUGCCCAUGUCAGAGAAAGGGAAGAUCACGCGGGGCCGGCUGGGCUCGCUGUCGCUCCGCAAGGAGGGCGAGCGCCAGUGCUUCCUCUUCUCCAAGCACCUCAUCAUCUGCACCCGCGGCUCCGGGGGCAAGCUGCACCUCACCAAGAACGGGGUGAUCUCCCUCAUCGACUGCACGCUGGUGGAGGAGCCCGAGAGCACCGACGAGGACGCCAAAACGUCAGGACAAGACAUUGACCACCUGGACUUCAAAAUCGUGGUGGAGCCGAAAGAUUCCUCAUCUUUCACCGUUAUCCUGGUGGCCUCUUCCAGGCAGGAGAAGGCUGCAUGGACCAGUGACAUCAGCCAGUGCGUGGACAACAUCCGCUGCAACGGGCUGAUGAUGAACGCCUUCGAGGAGAACUCCAAGGUCACCGUGCCCCAGAUGAUCAAGUCUGAUGCCAGCUUGUAUUGUGAUGAUGUUGACAUUAGGUUCAGUAAAACGAUGAAUUCCUGCAAGGUCCUGCAGAUCCGCUAUGCCAGUGUGGAGCGGCUGCUGGAGAGGCUGACGGACCUGCGCUUCCUGAGCAUCGACUUCCUCAACACCUUCCUGCACUCCUACCGCGUCUUCACCACCGCCCUCGUCGUCCUCGACAAGCUCAUCACCAUCUACAAGAAGCCCAUCAGUGCCAUCCCUGCACGGUCCCUGGAGCUCCUGUUUGCAAACAGCCAGAACAACAAGCUGCUCUACGGGGAGCCCCCCAAGUCGCCCCGGGCCAACCGCAAGUUCUCGUCGCCGCCGCCGCUGUCCAUCAGCAAGUCGUCGUCGCCCAGCCGCCGCAGGAAGCUGUCCCUCAACAUCCCCAUCAUCACCGGGGGCAAGGCGCUGGACCUGGCCGCGCUCAGCUGCUCCUCCAACGGCUACGCCGGCGUCUACUCCUCCAUGGCCCCCUUCAGCAAGACCACCCUGGACAUCAACAAGCUGUACGUGUCCAGUAGCUAUCCCAACAAGAUCCCGGAUGAAGGAGAAGCGGCCUCGGAAAAGCAGGAGGAGUCCCAGCCAGGCAAGCAGAGCUCAGAGGUGUCUGUCAGGGAAGAGUCGGACACGGAUCCCAACCACAGCGAUGAAGCAGAAGCUGAAGCUUCCCCAACAAAAUCUCCAACGACUCCCAAGUCCAUCAAGUGCAAAAAUUCAUCAGACUUCUCGCUGUUUUCCUACAACAAUGGCAUGGUCAUGACGUCCUGCCGGGACCUGGACAGCACCCGCAGCGCCCUGUCUGCCACCUCCGCCUUCGCCAUCGCCACGGCGGGGGCCAACGAGGGCACCCCCACCAAGGAGAAGUACCGCAGGAUGUCCCUGGCCAGCGCAGUUUCAGGGUUCCCGACGGACCAGCGGAACGGGGACAAGGAGUUUGUGAUCCGGAGAGCCGCCACCAACCGCGUGCUGAACGUGCUGCGGCACUGGGUGUCCAAACACUCCCAGGACUUUGAGACCAACGAGGAGCUGAAGUUCCGGGUGAUUGGCUUCCUGGAGGAGGUCAUCCACGACCCCGAGCUCCUGACGCAGGAGAGGAAGGCAGCUGCCAACAUCAUCAGGACCUUGACGCAGGAGGAUCCAGGAGACAACCAGAUAACCCUGGAGGAGGUGGUGCAGAUGGCCGAGGGGGUCAGAGCAGAACCCUUUGAGAACCAUUCAGCCCUGGAGAUCGCAGAACAGCUGACGCUGCUGGAUCACCUGGUGUUCAAGAAGAUCCCAUAUGAGGAAUUCUUUGGGCAAGGCUGGAUGAAGCUGGAGAAGAACGAGAGGACUCCAUACAUCAUGAAGAACACAAAGCACUUCAAUGAUGUCAGCAACCUGAUCGCGUCCGAGAUCAUCCGCAACGAGGAGAUCACGGCGCGGGCCAGCGCCAUCGAGAAGUGGGUGGCGGUGGCCGACAUCUGCCGCUGCCUGCACAACUACAACGCCGUGCUGGAGAUCACCUCCUCCCUCAACCGCAGUGCCAUCUUCCGCCUCAAGAAAACAUGGCUCAAGGUCUCCAAGCAGACGAAGGCUCUGAUUGAUAAGCUCCAGAAGCUGGUGUCGUCAGAGGGCAGGUUCAAAAACCUGAGGGAGGCACUGAAAAAUUGUGACCCCCCGUGUGUCCCCUACCUGGGCAUGUACCUGACAGACCUGGCGUUCAUCGAGGAGGGCACCCCCAACUACACCGAGGAUGGCCUGGUGAACUUCUCCAAAAUGAGGAUGAUCUCACACAUCAUAAGGGAGAUCCGCCAGUUCCAGCAAACCUCCUACAAGAUCGAGCACCAGCCGAAGGUGACGCAGUACCUGCUGGACCAGUCGGGUGUGAUGGACGAGGAGUCCCUGUACGAAGCUUCUCUGCGGAUAGAGCCCAAGCUGCCUUCGUGAGCGGCGCGGCCGCCGGACACUCGCUGUACCCCUGUACAUAGCCACGCUCCACGGGCGCCCUGGAGCGACCCCCAGUCUGUGCU